UCAACAACGCUUUUGUCAUCAUAAAGUACAUAACAACUUUGUUUAGUCUAAUAGUAAUGCAAAAAUGGUUUGUUUUUUAAAAUAUUCUAAAUAUUGUGACUUUCCAAUUGAAAAUUUGCCUUACGGAGUGUUUUCUACUCCUUCAAAUCCGACUCCUAGAAUUGGUGUGGCAAUUGCAGAUGGAAUUUUAGAUUUAAGCGAGAUUGCUCACCUAUUCACAGGACCAGAACUGAAAAAUCAUCAACAUGUAUUUAGAGAACAAACUUUGAACAGCUUUAUGGCCUUAACACCUAAAGCUUGGAAGGAAGCGAGGGAAACAAUACAAAGCCUUUUGUCAGAAGGCAAUCCUACACUUCAGAAUAAUUCUGACCUUCGAUCUAGAGCGUUUGCUCUACAAUCUGAAUCAAUUAUGCAUUUACCAGCUAAAAUAGGGGAUUACACAGACUUUUAUUCCUCGAUACAUCACGCUACCAAUGUUGGAGUUAUGUUUAGAAGCAAGGAAAAUGCUUUGAUGCCUAAUUGGAAAUAUUUACCAGUCGGAUACCAUGGCAGAGCCAGUUCUGUGUUAAUUUCAGGAACUCCCAUACAGAGACCUUAUGGACAGACUACUAUAGUAGACGAAUUAUCAGGAACGCCGCCAGUUUUUGGACCAUCCAAACUGAUGGAUUUUGAAUUAGAAAUGGCCUUCUUUGUCGGAGGUUCGACCAAAGUGGGAGAACCCAUUCCUGUCGAAAAAGCACAUGAGCAUAUUUUUGGAUUUGUCAUUAUGAAUGAUUGGAGUGCAAGGGACAUCCAAAAGUGGGAGUAUAUACCCUUGGGACCCUUUACAUCUAAGAAUUUAGGAACAACAAUAUCUCCGUGGGUAGUCACUACCUUUGCCUUGGAGCCAUUCAUCGUGGACAAUUAUCCACAAGAUCCAGAACCGUUUCCCUACUUGAAGCAUUCCGACAAAUACAAUUUUGAUAUCAAUUUGCAAGUAGAUAUAGCUCCUAAAGGAAGUAACGUUUCAACGACUGUAUGCCGCUCUAAUUACAAAUAUUUAUAUUGGACAGUGAAGCAACAGCUGGCUCAUCACACCAUAACCGGUUGCAAUGUCAAUCCUGGUGAUUUAAUGGGAAGUGGUACCAUAAGUGGAGAUACAUCUGACUCAUAUGGAUCGAUGCUUGAAUUAUCCUGGAAGGGAACAAAGCCUUUGGUAUUGCUAGACGGUUCUCAAAGAAAAUUUCUUUUGGAUGACGACACUGUUACCAUGAAGGCCGUUUGCGAGGGAGACGAUUACAAUAUUGGAUUUGGCACUUGCUCUGGAACUCUACUACCGGCUAAGGAACUAAAGUAAUUUUUUAAUUUCAUCAAAUUGGACAUUGCGUUCUACUUGAGGAAGAACUGAACUUUAUUUUGUAUUUUCAUAUGGUUUUAAUGGUUGUAGUUUGAACACAUAAACAAUAAUAAUGUAAUCAAUAAAUUAAUAAAAUAUAUAUUUUUAUAAUGUAA